GCUUUAUAUAUAUUUGUUUCAAUCACUCUUCUCUCUUCUCAACUGUCCUCCGUGUUCAACUCGCGUUUUAGCAGACACUGCAGAAAAUCAAACAGGAGAGAGAAGGUAGUUUCUAGAGAGAGAAACCAAACAACACAACACCAGUUUCUAGAGAGAGAAAAAAAGUAAACCGGAAGAAAAUUUUCCGGCGACAUUGUAAAUUAUUUUCCAGUGAAGUUUCCAUAUUUGUACACUCACUGUCAAUUGAUUGCGUUGCCGUCUCCAGAUUAUCCAUUACCGAUUUGGUAAUUAGGUUUUCGAGAUCGGUUGUUUAUCAUCCUUCGAUUCGUUAAUUCGGGUUAACAGGAAUUUUUUGGUUUCGAUUCGAUAAUCGGGUUCAAGUAUUUCAGAAAGAUAAAACAAAAAGGAAAAAGGAGGUCUAAAUUUGUUUCGAAGUGAAGGGGGUUUAGGUUGAAAGAUGUUGACCACCACGGUUGGUUUGUGAUAUAAUAUGGCACGGGUUGGUACAGAUAAAGAUAUGUCGUUUUACAUUGGUCGCGAGGCUUCAAAGUUGUGGAAGAGAUUUUGUGCGGAGAUAACAACAGAGAUCAAUCUUCUUGCUGAGAAUUGGAAGUAUAUUCUUGGCGGUUUGAUUUGUCAGUACAUCCAUGGACUUGCUGCUAGAGGUGUGCAUUACUUUCAUCGGCCUGGACCAAUUCUUCAGGACGUCGGCUUCUAUCUUCUUCCGGAGCUUGGACAAGAUAGAGCUUACAUAAGUGAAACUGUAUUUACCACCAUCUUUCUAUCUUUUGUCUUGUGGACCUUCCACCCUUUUAUUUUCAAGACCAAAAAGAUCUAUACAGUUCUGAUAUGGUGCAGGGUCUUGGCAUUCUUAGUCGGUUGUCAAUUCCUUCGGAUCAUAACAUUCUAUUCUACACAGCUUCCUGGUCCAAAUUAUCACUGUCGUGAGGGUUCAAAGCUUGCCACGCUUCCUGCUCCUGACAAUAUUUUAGAAGUGCUAUUGAUUGUUCCUCGGGGCGUGCUUUAUGGUUGUGGUGAUCUGAUAUUUUCAUCUCAUAUGAUAUUCUCUCUAGUCUUUGUGCGGACAUACCAGAAAUAUGGAACACGAAGGUUUAUAAAACAGUGUGCUUGGUUGGCUGUUAUUGCACAAAGCUUAUUGAUUCUUGCAUCGCGCAAGCAUUACACUGUUGACGUAGUUGUGGCAUGGUACACAGUCAACCUUGUAGUGUUCUUCAUUGAUAAAACGUUACCAGAACUGCCUGAUCGCACUAGUGCCUUGUUGCUUCCAGUGACCAAGGAUAGCAAGUCUAAAGAAGAGAAUCACAAACUGCUGAAUGGAAAUUCUGGAGAUCCUGCAGAAUGGAGGCCUCGAAACGGGAAGAUCGUGGAAGAUGGGAAAGCAGUGCACGUUGAAGCAGUAAUUAAUGGUGCAUAGACGAUAAACUUCAUGCAACGCCAUUAACUCUGAUGCUUGCAACCUUGGUACAGAGAUUGGUAACAAUGCCAUUACAAAUUGUGUUAAUAUAAAUCAUUUCUGGUGUUCUUCCAAGUUCAAUAGUUUUGGUUUUAGCGUAGGAUACGAAAUCAAGGAUUGAAAUGCUAUCGAUGUCUCCACAGUUCCCUGUGGUUAAAUUUAAUGCUAUCAAAUGUAUCAUGGAAUUCAUUUUAUUUUUUGGUUAAAGCAAUUAUUUUCUUAUUUCCAAAAGA